CACUCUCUCUAGUAAUGAUACUGGAGCUAAAGCUAAUCUUGAUCCUAAACUAACUGAGAGAAAGGGUCGCCAGCGGAGUUGAUACAAACAAGUUAUACGGAAAGCAAGAGGAGAAUGCUCUUCAUUCUGAUGAUCAAGGUAUGUAAUACAGAUCAGCUUUUGUGGAAACGCUUCUUGUAUGGCUGCAAAUUAAAUUUAUGUUACUCCAUGACUUUCUUGUACUGUCGGUAAUACACACACUCUUUGCAGGAGACAGAGAUAUGGAUCAGCCAAGUUAUGACGAGGAGAACAUACCAUCAAAGAAGAUCGUUGAUCCUGAUACUAAUGCCGAUGCUUUUCAAGACAGUAUAUUGAACGAGACAUUUGAUAAUGCAACGGAUACGAGGCCUAAUGGCCUACACGAAACAAGGAUAAAAGCAGUGAGCUGACAGAAGAGCAAAGAACACGUAUGGAAGCUAAUAGAUUGAAGGCGAUGAACAGAGGUCAAAACAUUUCCGAGGAACAGAGACUACGAAAAUCUUUUGGUGGUUUUAGUAGUUUUUAUUUGGCGGGAAAAUUAGAUGGGACAAACCGGCCAGGUAUUAAAUUAAUAACAAAACCAAAUUAGUAGUGUGUAAUUCUCUUUCUGAAUAAUUCAAAACACUACCCUGAAUCUCUGCAUCAAAUCUACUUUUUAUGAUCAUAAAAACUUGAAGACAUACUACAUCAAUUAUCCAUAUAUAUGAAAAAUGACAUCUUUACAAACCUAACGUGUUAAAAAAGCAAUCGUACAGUACUUCUGUGGUACCUAAGGGUUAAACUAAGCAGUGGCAACUGGCAAUAGGUUCAAUGUGUAUGCAAAAGAAUGCAUCAUCUCGUCUUUAUGAUAAGUGAUGUGAUGGUUGCACUUAGCUUCCUUUAGAUGUCAUCACAAGAGACUGCAUUCACACAUCAGUUUCUAUCUUAUCCUUCAGGAUCGAGAGCAUGUCUAUAACUUUGAGCCAGCAUGAUUCAAAUCUUGGUUCUCCACUUCAUGAGCUAGCAAUAGAAGAUGACAAAUCUAGUACAUCAUUUGGUGAAGAAGCAUCUUUGGACAUUAUAAAGGAAAGAGUAAGCAAUAGUAGAAGAUUUUUUUUAUUAGGUAAAGUCACAAAAAAGUCUAAAUUCCUUUUGAAAUUUCUUUUUGGAUAGCUCAACUGAUAAUGUAAUAUACAUUUUGAAGUUUUUACUGAAAAGUUUAAAAUCAUCUCUUUAUAUAUGAUGAAGAUGUGUUCGAUUUAAUAAGUAAACAAACAACAUGUAUAAAUCGGAUAAUCUAUGUUUUAAACAAAUGUCAAGAUCUUUCAUCAUCAGAUUCUUCUUAACAACCGAGUUCAUGGCAAUCUUAAGAAUCAUCAAUCUAACCAUGAUCAUAAUAAAUAUUAGGUUAUCUACAAGAAAAAAAAGGAAAGAAUUAGAUCCUCAAUUUAGAUAUACUAAAUUAAAAAUGUGGAAGCAAUCUAACAUAACAUAAAUACUUAGUAUCCUAUUUGUGAUUAUUUUUAUGUUGGGUCAAAUUUUUAUCUUCUUGUCAAUUACAAUUCUCACGAGUCAAUACUUUCGGUCUAUAAAAUAAAAUUCAAAAUUAGACCACUGAACUAUAUACUUCAUAUAAAUUUAUCGUGAUUCACCACUAAUAAUGUUCAUCCCACAUUUAAUUUACUUUUUGUUAAAAUAAAAUGGUUAAGAAUUGACUCAAAUUGAGAUUCAGAAGAAUAGUCAGCUGUGAUGAGGAUCUAACUAAAAGCCAAAGAACGACACGUGUCAACAUCUUAGAGAUACCAGUAGGGUCCACCCUAAAGCCCCUUGAAGGUGGUUUUAACAACCAAUAGGAAGAAGGGAUCGUAACAAAAUCAGAGUCCGCUUUUCAAAGCUGUUUCCUUUAUUUUUAUUAAUUAAUCGAAACAGAACAGAAACCCCACUUGAUCCCCCUUCCUGUCCUGUCCUAUAAAAACCAAACCCUUUCUUCUUCCUCAAAUCAAUUCUUUCCUUAAGCUUUCUGGGUUUUGCUAAAUUCGAAGGAAGGAGUUUGAAUUCUCUCGAUGUGUUUGAUAAUGGAAGCGGCGGAUGAUCACGUCGUCGACGGUGGUGUUUUAGCUGCGCCGUCUAAUUUCUCGAUGGUCGAAGACGGGAUUUACCGGUCUGGGUUUCCUAAACCGGAGAAUUUCGGUUUCCUCACAACUCUUAGUCUUCGUUCCAUCAUUUAUCUUUGCCCUGAACCGUACCCGGAGGAGAAUCUCAAGUUUCUUGAGGCCAACAACAUUAAGCUUUUCCAAUUUGGUAUCGAAGGCAAAACGGAUCCUCCAACUCCUAUGCCAAAAGAUACAGUUUUAGAUGCUCUCAGAGUCUUAGUUGAUGUAAGAAACCAUCCGAUUCUCAUACAUUGCAAAGCCGGAAAGCAUAGGACAGGCUGUUUGGUAGGAUGCUUGAGAAAAGUCCAGAGCUGGUGUCUAUCAUCGGUGCUCGAGGAGUACCAGAAGAACGCUGGCGUGAAGUGGAGGCAAAGGGAUUUGAAUUUCAUUGAGGCGUUUGAUACGGCGAGUUUGAGGCAGUGUCUUUUGAGCAUUAUGUAUCGUUAUCACGGCUAUGGCUUCAAGAGGAAAAGAUUAGUCCAUGAAGAAGAAAACGUCCAGACGCUGAAACCGCAGGCUGCUAAAGUUUGAGAAACGAGAGCUAACCGGUGGGAGAUGGUUCAUGUUUUUUUUUUAAUUUGAGGUUCCAUUUAUCGGUCGCUGGAUAUGAUUCUUAUAGGAGGAUUAAGUUCGAGAUUCAUAAACGGAAGUUUCAUUUGGGUUGGUUUAGUGAUAGUAAAGUGUAUAGAAAGGCUACUCUUUGUUAGACGCUGGUGCAUGAGAGAGGUCAAUUAACUCAAUGACCACUAAAGCUUCUUAUGCUUUAUCUUCUU